AUGGAACAAUUGUUAAAAUUUCGGAUUGAUGGCCGAACAUUUAAUGCGAAAAAUAUCGAUGAACUUUAUCCAGGUUUAGAUCGAUUAUUGUUACGAAGUUUACAAACAGGUGAUUGUCGGCAAUUAUUCGAUCGUUUAAAAUAUCGUCAUUUCUAUGAACCAAUUCAUAUGAAAGAACUUGAAUUACUGUGUCAAUAUAGUUUCGGUAUUAAUGAACGUUUAACAAAGUAUAAUAAUCAAUCGAUUAGCACUUUCAAUUUUAAUCAUUCACUUAUUCAUAUGGUACGAAUAAAAACAAGAUUAAUUGAAUUGCGAAUGCAAACAUUAACAUUAAAAACUUUCUGUCGAAUUUAA